AUGAGAGAUUGGGGUAACUUGGUAAAAGAGAUAGUGACUAAAAUUGUAGAGCAUGUGGAAUUCUACGAAGACUUUGAGACUUUACAAAAAAUUUGUCGCCAUUGGAGACUAGCCGCGAAGGCAGCAAAGUUGAGAGCUAAUGUAAAAGAAUCGCAUACACUUCCAUGGUUGAUGCUAUCAGAAAAUGAAAAAGACGCCUACUCAACAAGAAGGCGUCGUUUGUACAGCUUAUCUAAGAAAAUGGUUUAUCAAGUUAACCUUCCUAAGUAUUUUUUAAAAAUAAGACGUGACCCAAAAAGGUUGUUAUCUUCGUAUGGGUGGUUGCUUGUGUUAUCGGAAAGAGGCCAUGUAUCUCUCUUGAACCCAUACUCGAAUGUCAUAAUAAAGCUUCCAAAUAUUCAUAAUUAUAAUCAUGCAGAUGAAUGUUGUAAGUUCACCUUAUCGGCCAACCCCUCAACCACUAGUGAUUUCAUUGUGUUUGUAUCCUUCGCUGAGCCUCUUUGCACAGGUCCGCCUCCUUCGAAUCUGGUUUACUGGAGGAAUGGUGAUGCUAGUUGGAUUCGUGUAACAAAUCCAUAUGUUCCUGAUCCAUAUUUUGGAUUGGAAGCAUGUAGCCUGGACUCGAUUGAAAAGUUUCUGUUCUCGGUUUGCCUUGGUGUAACUUUUUACCAAGGAGAGUUUUAUGGCACAAAUAUUUAUGGUUGGAUUGUGAAAUUUGAGACAGCACAAGGCAGUCCUCAUUUUCGAGCCGUGACUAAUCUAUCUUAUAUCAGACGUGCGCAAGAAGCCAAGUCGCCGUCAAAUAAGGGCUUGAUCACCUUACUUGGUCAUUUUUUCUUCUAUUACCUAGUCAAGUCUCAAGGCCAAUUGUUGAUUAUAGGUCAAGUGGUUCGAUAUUUUGCGAUGAAAUAUAAACCACGGCGAUGCACUACAAGAUUUGAGCUACUUGAGUUGAAUGUUGAUAAUGGAAAGGUCAAGGAAGUGUCAAGAUUGGGAAAUAGAGCAUUUUUCAUAGGUCCAAAUAACUCUUCCUUUUCAGUGGAGGUAUCUCCUUCUCUUGCCAAUGGCUUUAUGUCUAAUUGUGUUUACUUUGUUGAUAUUCAAGAGCAUGGUCCGUGCAAGGGACCUGGACGUGAUGGUAGAGAUCAUUGUGUUUACAAUUUAGCAAGUAGCAAGUUUGAGCGUCGUUUUUACAAUGAUCAUUCAUCAGAUGUUGCCAAAUAUACACCAUUUACCUGGGUUGAGUCUCCUAAUUCAUGA